AUGGUGUGCUCUUUAUCAACAGACUCAUCGUUCGAACUACAAUCUUUAUUAAAUAAAAUUCCAAUAUGCAGUGACGGACUAUAUAUGGAUGAAUUCAAGCCUACUGGUUUCUGGAACAACAACACUUGGCAUUCGUUGGUUUGUCAAACUACUCGUUUUAACAGAAAGUCUAGUAGAAUGUGUUUGAAUGAAUAUAGUGAGUUAUAUUUUCUUGGUGACUCAACAUCAAGGCAGUGGUUUAUAGAGGUAUAUCAAUUACUUGGUAUUCCAAGCGAUAAUGUCACGUGGGAUGAACAUUAUAAAAAUACUCCGAAAAAAAUCCAAAAAUUCCUUUACAAGAAGACGCGGGGAAAAGCUGUCAUCGACGGUAUGACUCUGUUCUUUUUAUUCCACCCGUUGGCCUCAACUAAACAAAAGUUAUCACUAGAACAUUUUCCAUUAGAAUACGAGAUUUUGGAAAAUAUUAAAACAUGUAACACUAUAAUAGUACUUGGCACAUGGGCUCAUUACACACAUUGGACUGUGACUGCAUUUGAUGAAAGACUGCGAUAUAUUAAACAACACUUGUAUGAAUAUAAAAAGAGAUGUCCAGGUUCAAAGAUUAUUAUUCGUGGUUCGCAUGCGCGGGAACAUGAUGAAUGGGAAAAGAACCUUGGCAAUAGCGAUUUUUUGUUGAGUGGCGUCAAUGAUAUAUUGAAAAAUGUCUUUAAAUCCGAGUUGUGGUUGACAUUUAUUGAUGUUUGGGAACUUAACUAUUCCUCCUUUGCGAAUAAGACUGUGCAUAUGCCUGAACACGUGGUAAAAGAAGAGAUAAAUCUUCUACUCUCAAAUGUAUGCCCCGAGAAGUAUUAUUAA